UUGCAAAAGGCUAUUGACCUUGUGACCAAAGCUACUGAGGAAGAUAAAAAUAAAAAUUAUGAGGAAGCUUUAAGACUUUAUGAACAUGGAGUAGAAUAUUUUCUUCAUGCUGUUAAGUAUGAAGCUCAAGGUGAAAGAGCGAAAGAGAGCAUUCGUGCUAAAUGUUUGCAAUAUCUGGACAGAGCAGAAAAAUUAAAGGAAUAUCUUAAGAAGGACCGCAAGAAAAAACCAGUUAAAGAUGGUGAAUCUAAUUCGAAAAGUGAAGACAAGAAGAGUGACAGCGAUAGUGAUUCUGAUGACCCUGAAAAGAAGAAACUACAAGGCAAACUGGAGGGAGCCAUAGUAGUUGAGAAACCACAUGUUAAAUGGAGUGAUGUUGCUGGUCUUGAAGCGGCAAAGGAGGCUUUGAAAGAAGCUGUUAUUCUUCCUAUAAAAUUUCCACAUUUAUUCACUGGUAAAAGAAUACCCUGGAAGGGAAUUUUGUUGUUUGGUCCACCUGGUACUGGUAAGUCAUAUUUGGCAAAGGCUGUUGCAACUGAAGCAAACAAUUCUACCUUCUUCUCUGUAUCCUCUUCUGACCUGGUUUCUAAAUGGCUCGGUGAAUCAGAGAAGUUAGUAAGAAACUUAUUUGAACUUGCGCGACAACAUAAACCGAGUAUCAUCUUUAUAGAUGAAAUUGAUUCUCUAUGUUCUUCUCGUUCUGAUAAUGAGUCUGAAUCAGCCAGAAGAAUCAAGACUGAGUUCCUUGUGCAGAUGCAAGGUGUUGGUAAUGACAUGGAUGGUAUUUUAGUACUUGGGGCAACCAAUAUUCCUUGGGUUCUUGAUGCUGCUAUAAGAAGGCGAUUUGAGAAGCGUAUUUACAUAGCCCUACCUGAGGAACAUGCUCGUUUGAUUAUGUUUAAGUUACAUUUGGGAAAUACCAGACAUAUGUUAACAGAGCAAGAGUUGAAGACUUUAGCUGCAAAAACUGAAGGCUAUUCUGGUGCUGACAUUAGCAUUGUUGUCCGUGAUGCUUUAAUGCAACCUGUACGUAAAGUUCAAUCAGCAACUCAUUUUAAGAGAGUGACUGGGCCUAGUCCAACUGAUCCCAAUCUUAUAGUUAAUGACCUUCUCACUCCCUGUUCUCCUGGUGAUCCAGGAGCUAUUGAGAUGACAUGGAUGGAGGUACCUAGUGACAAGUUAGGAGAGCCACCAGUUACAAUGUCAGACAUGUUGAGGUCCUUGGCAACGUCUAAACCAACUGUCAAUGACGAUGAUAUGGUAAAACUGAAAAAGUUUAUGGAAGAUUUUGGCCAAGAAGGAUAA